GUGAGAGUAGUCCAGAGCGUGCCAUUGAGAUAAAACAAGGGGGUCCCACGUUUGUAAUGCGCGAGUGUGUGUGAUAAGGAGGUGGGGGGUGAAAGACCCCGUCGUGUUUUGACCCCCGAAAACAACUCCCAACCACCAUCACUCUCCACAUCGUCUCUGCCUCUCUCAAGGUUUAAAUCUUCAUCACUCAUGCCGCUGUGACAUUUUCCAGCCUGUCGCCCCAGUCCAUGGACAGCGAGAGCGACCAAAAAGGACGCUAUUUCUUCCCACUAAGCAUCUCUCCAGUUAACCGGACCCAAAGACAACGUGCGGACUACCAGAGCGCUCUCUCAACCGCAGCCCAUGCAGGAUACAGCGAGCACGCAGGAUACAGCGAGCACGGCCUGAAAGUGACUACGUCAAAUCUAGGUUUCGAAAAUCUGGAUACAGGACGCAGAACGCCCGCGCUGGACAGCCGGUCUGGUCUCAUCCUUCCCGGAGUAGGAUUGGCUUCCGUGUCGCAUGGAUAAGAGGUAUGAAGACCUGGUGCACUAUUCAGGGUCAGAGGUCAUGCCUGUGGGGGGGUAUGGAGAGGCCAUGAGGUCACUGCCACCCCCUCACUACGGACAUGCUGUACCGGACUCCCUGAAGCAUCAUCGGGACCAGAUUUACGGUCACCCUCUGUUUCCACUGCUGGCUCUGGUGUUUGAGAAGUGUGAACUGGCAACCUGCUCGCCGCGCGAUGCUACUGCCCUCUCGGCCCCACCCCACCUCCAAGGCAUGACCAAUCACAGUGACGUGUGCUCCUCGGACUCCUUCAACGACGACAUUGCAUCCUUUGCCAAGCAGAUUCGCUCAGAGAAGCCAAUUUUUUCUACUAAUCCUGAACUGGAUAACCUGAUGAUUCAGGCCAUCCAGGUACUACGUUUCCACCUGCUGGAGCUAGAAAAGGUUCAUGACCUUUGUGAUAACUUCUGCCAUCGCUACAUCACUUGCUUGAAGGGAAAAAUGCCCACAGACCUCAUUCUGGAUGACAGGGAUGGUGGCUCCAAGUCUGACAUGGAGGAUUUCACUGGUUCCUGCACCAGUCUGUCAGAGCAGAAUCAGUCAUGGUUGCGCGACCCUGAUGAUUGUGCUUCAACUCCUCUCGGGACCCCCGGCACGUCCUGUGGCCUCCCGUCCCACAGCACGGACAACUGCAGCGAUACGGGGGAUGGUUUGGAUGGGGGCGCGGCCUCCCCCAGUACGGGAGAGGAGGACGAGACAGACCGGGAACGGAGACACAACAAGAAGAGGGGCAUUUUCCCCAAAGUGGCCACCAACAUCAUGAGAGCGUGGCUCUUCCAGCAUUUAUCGCACCCAUACCCCUCGGAAGAGCAGAAGAAGCAGCUGUCACAGGACACAGGACUGACAAUACUGCAGGUCAACAACUGGUUUAUCAAUGCAAGACGGAGAAUAGUGCAGCCCAUGAUUGACCAAUCAAAUCGCUCAGGUCAAGGCGGUCCUUAUAGUCCAGAGGGAGCAGCGCUGGGGGGCUAUGGACUGGAAGGCCAAGCACACCUUGGUCUACGGGCAGCAGGUCUUCAGGGGAUGCCGUCUCUUUCAGGAGAGUACCCCGGGGCCCUGCUGUCCCAAACGGGCUACCCCCACGCUGGGCCACCCCUGCACCCCUACCCUGGCCCCCACCCAGCAAUGCUGCUGCACCCGCCACCCCACCCACACCCCGCGGAACCCCUCAUAGGUCAGGGUCUGGACAUACACGCCCACUAACUGAGGAGGGAGGACACCUGUGGGGGGAGAGGGGGGGAUGUACUCACACUGCCGGCACGCUGCGUACGACAGAAGGACUCGUUCCAAGCGUUUCUAUUUCCCCUGUAAGACCCAGAGUCUGCAGGACAUGCUGCCAGGACACUGGCCCGCCCCCCACAGGCACCGCCCCCCACAGGCCCCGCCCCCACAGGUCCCGCCCACAGCAUCAGUAACAUACUUUGCAACAUUCCAUCUCACAUGACCCCACUGAGCCCCUGGGUGUGAACCGACCCCGCUUCGGGGCGGACCAGACUCCUCAGCCCCUCCCCGCCUACGCCCUCCACCUUGUCAGGGGGGGGGCAUCUGACCUGUGGAAUUGCGCCCCCCUCUGGGACACAGAGGAGUCCUCCGCACGGAACCCUCCCUCUAUCCCACCUGACCAACCAAGCGGAAAGACGAGUCUUGAGGUCAGGCAUGCGGCUCCUGAUUCACCUGUGUCAUGUCAACCUCAAGGACCACCCCCCCACACACACACACAAACCAGCCCCACCAGCCUUAUGACCUCACCCAGCCCAGGCCUGAAGAGCUGUGGUUGGACAGAACACCAGUGAUGCACUCUGACCUCUCCGCCGCGACCCUGGCCGCCUCCAGUCUUCCCACACCAACGAAAUACACACACGCACACCACACACACACCUUAUUUAAUUUAAAAUGAUUUUUAUAUCUACUUUUGUAUUUAUAUGUGUGCCAGGCAGACCUCACAGAAGGCUGUUAUUCCAGGCCGUCACUGCAUGACUGUAAUACACACUACGAAUGAAUUCAGUCUGUCUGUCUUUCUGUUGGUCCAAGGACCGACCAUGUUUUUGUCCAGAUCCAUUGGAAAGAGUUGAUCACUAACCUCCUUAAGAUCCUGUCGGACACCAACAGUAGUGUUUGCUGUGGUAUCCGCUUUACAGGCCAAACACUGACAUCACACACACACACACACACACAUCACGUCUCACACACACAUGGCACACCCGUCACACACAUCUGAUCCUGACAAACUAUUUCGUGGUCCAUGUUGUCCACCAUUGGGCUUGAGGAUGACAGCCCCCCCAGAAAAGGACUAUUAACACAUUGCAUCUACAUGGGGUUUCAGAAUGACGAUAAUAACUGAUGAUAAUUAUGAUGAUGUUACAAUUAGUAUAAUGCUUAUAAUAUUAAAACUUUUCUUUUGUAAAAAACAAAACAAAAAAAAACAAUAAUAAUAAUAAAACGUGUUCAUUCUUAUACGAGUAUGCCCUCCAAUUAUUGGGGACUCACCUAGUUCCUAUGUACCACGUAUACAAAUACUGCUUGUUAAACUGACAUUUAUACAGUAUUCAUGCAGUAUUUGUACACACAGUAUAAUCACACUUAACUAAAUGUGAAUUCAUUUUCUUUAAAAUUGUUGUUGCUAACACCAUUCUUACAGUUUGACCAGCAUGGCGUACUCUUUACCCCCCUUUCACUCAAUUGAAGCUCUUGGUUGAUCGGUACUUUUGCCCUUCUUCGCUCCAUUUAGGUUUUUCACAUUCCUCACCCGUUCACGCCUUACCUUCGCCCAUCUGCAGAGCGCGGUGCAGCGAGGUUCAAACCCGAGCCAAAGUGAUCACUCAUGAAAUAUCAACCCUGGUCUAAACCCUGGUCCACCGUGGCCAUCCAUUCAACCCCUAUCCCACUUCACCCUUAUCACGUGAUCGAUGCAGCCUGCAGCAGGGGUCAGGGGUCAAGAGUUCAUGUAAGGGUCAAAAGGAAAUGGCCUGGCUCUCUGACCUUUUAGGGCUCACUUGAUGUCCCACCAAUUAUAAUUUAUAUUCCUGCCCGCACAUAAUUUGCCUUUUCUCUUUCUCCCGGUCUUGUCCUCCCUUUCUCUUGGUGCAGCCCUUGUCGUGCCAAAGUAAUGCACACAGUCAGUUCAUAAUAUGUUACACCAGUUUGUUCCUUUGCUUAAAUCGAGCUUCGACUGUUCAUCUGUUAAUUUAUACACAUUCCCCUUGCUCGUUACCUUCCCUGUUGUAAGGGGUCUACGCGUGUCUUGAGCAUAAAAAAUAAAAUGGUGUGUUAUUAUUGAAACGUUGUUAGAACGUUCUAGAUACCAGUGAAAGUCCUACUUGACUCUUUGACAGUCUAAAGUAGAUCCGGGAGACAACAGGCAUCAGCAGGUAGAUGCCAUUCAUGCUGUUUUCACUUUAUGAUUGCUUUUGAUAGCUGGAGCCGGUAGCCUCACAGAAACACAAAAUCCAUUAGCUAGUGGAAAUUGCAUUGCAUAAAUGUGCCAAUAUCUGUAAAGAGACGUGAGGAGCAGGAAGUGUCCAGCCACCGAGCGCUGGGAAGGGAAUGUAUUGUAUAGCGCAAUGUCAUUAUGACAACUAAGCCUAACCCAAUAAAGAAAGAACCCAAACUGGAGGAAAUAUAAUAAAACACAUUUUUAGGGACAAACAGGUUUUCUUCCCCAAAACAUUGUAUAUAUAAUGGUAACCUGGCCUAAAUAUAAACAUAUAAAAACAUGGUAUUUGUGAUGAAUUGUGACAAAUAUAAUGAAUCACAGCAUGAUUUAUGGAACAAGUUUUACAGAUUAUUUGUUUUACCAUAAGGGCUACACAAUAGUAAUUAUUCAUAACAUUCUACAUUAGAGUAAGUCUCUAUUUUGAAAAUAAUGUUUUGAGAAAAUACAAUGAUAAAAUAAGCACACAGUGUAUUUAUUAAUAUACAGUAUGUAGGCAUGCUUAAGCCAAAAGGUCUGACUAUAAAGGAGCACAAAAAGAACAAUAAUAAAAAUAAUAAAAAAAGCCCUGGGUAUCUGAUGUGUUUUUAACCUUUGGGGAUGUGGUAUGUGCAGUGUAGAUGCGUGUGCA